AUGUUCCAGUCUUUUAUGAACAGCGCUCCUAAAACAAUUCCGCUGUUCAAUGCAAAUAUUGAUCAUUUAAACUUACCUUCCCUUCAACCUGUUGAUUUACGAGAUAUUUCGUUUAACGUUGCAAGAAUAUUCAAAAGCGAAAAGACUCUGCUCCGCCUCAAUGGACCAAUAACAACAAUCGGAGAUAUUCAUGGACACAUUUUAGACCUUUUUUAUGUAAUUCAACGUUUAGGACUCCCGCCUUUAAGGAGAUACCUAUUUUUAGGUGAUCUUGUUGAUCGUGGCGAGUUCAGCAUCGAAACAGUUACAAUAGUUUUUCUAAUGAAACUGAUUUGGCCCGGAGAUGUAUAUAUAAUUCGCGGAAAUCACGAAUUUUUGUAUCAAUGCUCCACAGGCGGGUUUACAGAACAAAUACAAAACGAAUAUUUCGACUCAUCAAUCACAGAAAGUUUCAUUUGCGCCUUUAACUUCAUGCCACUCGCAGCAGUUAUUAACAACAAAUAUGUAGCUGUACAUGGAGGUAUUGGACCUUCUAUUAAAGAUCUCAAGACGAUAGAAGAAGUGCAAAGGCCAAUUUCGGAGUACGGAAAUGAAGUUGCAGAUACCUUAACAUGGUCUGAUCCAAAUAAGGAUUUAUUAGAAUUUGCAGCCUCUACACGUGGUCUUGGCUACUAUUUUGGACUUGAAGCAACAGAAAAUUUCUUAGCUCAAGAUAAUACGAGUGUAAUCAUUCGUGGCCAUGAAUGCGUCAUGGAAGGCAUUGAAGAUCAUUUCAACGGUCGAGUAUUUACAGUUUUCAGCGCCAGCAACUACUGUGGACUCGUAAAUAACAAAGGAGCGGCAUUUAUCAUCAACGAAGAAAAUAACCACGAAAUUAUUACUUGGGGACCAUUCCAAUACCCUUCCCGUGCACGAACUUACUUCAUUCGCCCGAGAUCUAAAACAAGUCUUCGAAAAACUCUCAAAGCUACUCAAUCUACAAAGAUUCUUCCGAAAUACGGAGGAGUUAUAGGAGAUCCUCCUGUAAGACAGAAGGUUCCUGAAACAAAAAGUUACGGAGAAGUCAAAAUUACAAUUCCAAAGAAAAUUAGUAUCAGACCUAUGCAGGAUGCGAGAAGCAAACGAUUGUUAUGCACAUUCUCGAGCUGUGAAAUUAGUACGUUUGAUUUUCAGUAA